GAAGUCUGGCCUCGAGGAGCCGCCUAAGAAAAAAUAGCUAAUCUGAGCACUGCCAGCUGGGAGGGGAAUGACGAGAGAUGGGGGUGCGGCUGAGUGUAGGGAUUCCCCGGGCAGCCGUGAGAACUCCAAGGAGGGGGCGGGGCUUACGGCUUUCGCAGCAGAGGAGGAAAGGUUCCACCAAGGGUGGGAUCAGGUGUCGCGACUCAUCUGUGCUUGCGCGUGCGCAAUGCGAACCUUUCCCUGCACAGCUUUCUGCUCCAACAUGGAAUUCCGCUCCGCUCGGCAAGCAAUACUGCAGCUACUGCGUACCGUGGCCCCGGCAGACCUCCCGGUGCUGCUCGAGUGGAUGCGAACUACCCGAGAUUUUGAUGAGUUCACUCAAGAUAAUAAUGACAUUAUGUUGAAAAACAUAGCAGAAGAUCUUCGGAAUUGCUUACCACUAGAAACCAUGCUUUCCUCAGAACAUCUAGCCCUCCAAAAAAUACAGCAGCAGCCAGAACCCACAAUUCAAGUUGAUGCAUUCCUUUAUGAUGAAGACUUUAUUGAUUCAUUAUGUGAGGAAGGAAAAAUGAGCAGAAACUACUGUAUGGUGUGUGGCUCACACCAGACGGCACCUUUAGGAUUUGUUUCUCAUUCCUUCUCUCUCAUGGAGUUGAAGUUCAUUUAUCGUCAUGUACUCCCUGAUCUGUCGGGAAAGGUCUUGGUUGACGUUGGCUCCAGGCUUGGCACGGUUCUUUAUGGGGGUUAUCUUUACAGUUCAGCAUUGCAACUAUAUGGAGUAGAAUUGAAUGGAGACUUUUGCCAGUUGCAGGAAAUGAUCAUAAAAAAAUACCAGUUCACUGACAGAAUAAAGGUGCUUCAUGCAGACAUCUGUACCCAGGGUUCACUUCUGCAAAACGCUGAUGUUGUUAUAAUGAAUAAUGUCUUCGAAUAUUUUCUUGAUGAGGCAGAACAAGGCAGAGCCUGGGAAUAUAUCAGCCAUAAUGUAAGGAAACAAGGAUCAUUAUUGGUGACAGUACCAAGUCUUGAACAGUCUCUCUCAGGUCUUCAGGUCAAUAUACAGUUAUCUCCCUGGGUUGAACAGGUACCACUGAAUUAUAAUGUAUACCCAGAAAAGGACGUUGACAGGGAAGCUCUUGAACAAAUACAUUUAUAUAAGAUUCUCUAGCACUAAAAUAGUCCUACCUCAGUGUAAUGUUUUGUUUAAUAUGUUACAAAAUAAUGGGAAAAAAACAUUACUCCAGUACGCACAUAUUUUUUCUGUAUAUUCCUUUCUAGUCUUUCUACAUGUUUACAUAUUUAUAAAUA